AGGUGUGGUUUCAAAACCGGCGGUCUAAAGAACGUAGAAUGAAGCAGCUCAGUGCUCUCGGUGCUCGACGACAUGCUUUCUUCAGGGGACCACGAAGAAUGAGGCCUCUCGGAGGAAGACUAGAGGACCCCGACAUAAUGGGCCCUGGAGGAUACAGCUACUACGGAGAAUACCAAGGUGACUAUUACGGCCCAGUGGUCAACUAUGAUUUCUUCCCUCACGGACCCCCUUCCUCACAGGCACACUCUCCAGCUGAAUCCCCUUAUCUUCUCAGCUCGGGUUCAGGAGCCCUGGAGGGUGGCCCGGUCUCUGCUCACCACCCCUCAGAUGACCAAAGGUUCACGGACAUGAUAUCCCAUGCAGACACCCCUAGUCCCGAACCAGGCAUGACUGGACCUCUCCAUUCCAAUCCACAGGGGGAAGGUGGAUUCACAGGGAGUCCACCCUUCCCCCUGGCCAACAAUACCAGUUACAGCGGCCCAAUGUCCCAUCCUGGUCAAGAGAUGGGGGAGAACACUGUUUGGUAGGACAGAGACAAUAAGACUCUAUGGACACAGAGGGGAUUCCAACCUAACCAGUCUACCUUAGUGGUCUACCAAGGGAGGGCUUAUUGGCUGUUCAUGGACCAGAACACACCAACAUUUGGACCAUAAACCUGAGAGAUGGACUGACAUCAUGUGCUCUCUCUUGCAGUUUAGGUUCUGCUAUCAAAGGAUGUGUAUUGUCAGUGGUCACCCUGGUUUGAGUGCGUUCGCAAAGGUUUAUUACGAUUACAUCACAAUCAAGAUGUUUGUCUGAGGGAUUUUUCUACUGCUUUGACUUACUCAUUAGCAACCGCAUCUGAUGGUCAGAAGUGAGCUAGUACUUAAAGGCAAAUCCAUUUUCAUCCUUCUGUUGGCUUCAGUUUCUUUCUUUUCCAAGACACAGAGGCUCAGUUGGUUCAAAUGUUUUCUUUUCUGUCUUACAACAGGUCCAUUUGUAACAUAUUUGGUUCAUUCAUUAACUGACGAAUUGGUUCAUUAAACAUUUCAAUGAACACCCAG